UGAUAAAAUCAUAUACUACGUACUAUGAAUUUUAAAUAUACGAAAUAUAUAUAUAUAUAUAUUAAGAAUUUUUUUAUAUUUAUUUUUAUUUUAAAUUUUCAAAAUGACAUGUGCCAUCUUGCCAACUCCUUACCUUUUGCCGUAAUUAGGAACCACUCAUCUUCCACCCCUGCUACCCCACAAUUUUUUUUACUCUCUCUCUCUCUAGGAUGUUACAGAUAUCAGUAGCAUCUCUUUGGUUUACACCCCAGCUGGUGAUCACAACUCUUCUCUCAAAUACGAUUAUUUAUACGUGAUCUUACAUGCAUUUUGAAUAUAUAAAAUGAUUGCACCUGGUUGGUUGUAUUAAUUGACCUUGUGGGGUGGGGUAAUGAAGGGGUUGUUGAUGUGGGGAGAGAGGCCCAACACCCUCCAAGGACUUGCGUAAAUUUUCAGUUGACGAUGAUGAAGAUCAAGCACGUUGCAGGUGAUACUCACACCACUAUCACCAAGUUUUGCUGCAUGCUUCGGUUGGUGUGUUGCUUUUGGUGGCAGAAGGUUAUUCUAUUAAUCUUGCUGCAUGCUUCAAUUGAUGGAAUUGCUUAUGGUGGCCAUGCACGGAAGUUGCAGGCGAUGCUAUACUUGCACCACUAUCGCCAAGUUUUGCUGCAUGCUUCGGUUGGUGGGUUGCUUUUGGUGGCUAUUUGUCAGAAGGUUUUCUUCAAAUGGUUAGUAGCACUUAUACUCGCAUCAUUAUUGUCAAAUUCACCUCAUGCUUCAAUUGGCGGUGUUGCUUAUGGUUGCUAUGCUAAGAAGGUUUUUUCCAAUUACAACAUGGUGGUAAUACUCACACCAUUAUCAACAAGAAGUUUGCUGCAUGCUUCAAUUGGUGGAAUUGCUUAUCGUGGCCAUGCGCGGAAGGUUAUUCUAUUAAUCUUGCCUGCAUGCUUCAAUCGGUGGAAUUGCUUAUCGUGGCCGCGCACGGAAGGAUACACUUGAUUUUCUACAUCUCAUCUCUUGGGCCUCUUUCAUAUGGAGUCCUAAGUUGAGGGUUUAAUGGAAUCCACUACUUGCUGAUAGAGACGAGAAAUUUAAAGCCCCAUUGAAAGAGAGCAAAAUGAUUAAUACUAAAUUUGGGUGGGGUGCGCCAGGCCAAGGCAAUAGUGCAACGCCAAGGCGACACGCAAGGACCCCAAUAGCAAGCUACUGUGAUGGGCCCUUCCCUUAAAAAAAUAAAUUUGCCCCUUAAAAAAAUAAAUUUAAUAUCGUGUGAGCCAUUGGCCCACGUAUCAGAUAUUAAACUGAUAAGAACAGAUACUACACUUCAUCACUUGCUAUUGGGGUCCUUGCGCGUCGCCUUGGCCUCGUGUGAGCCAUUGGCCCACGUAUCAGAUAUUAAACUGAUAAGAACAAAUACUACACUUGAUCUUAGCCAAAAGGCCGAGAAAGGUAUGAAUUAUAUGUUGUUGGGCCUUAUCUUUUAUAACCAGCUUCUGUCUCACCUCUUUCACUCGCAAGCGAUGUGGGACUAAAGAACAGCCAAACAUGGUUAUUAGCAAAACAAACUGUGAAACUCGCGAGUGUUGAUUGACUCUUCUUCGGGGUGUUCGCUUAGUUUGAAGUUUGAGCUAGUGUCACACAACUGCCUGCUAUAUUUCAAUCUCGAAGCUAAAACAAUUAAUGUGUAGGACAGAGUUUCAACUAAGUAUUUGUCAUAGCUGCUGUGGCUGUUUUACUUUCUGGUUCAGCCAAAUCAAUCCCCCUUUCACUGUAAUCUUAUCAGUUCAUCCUGCUCUUCAAAUCCAUCAAAUUGUGCUCAAAUGUGCAAAUUUAGGUUAAGUUUGUGUUUAUAUUUUCAAAUUCAAAAGUUGUUAGAUUAAGUUGACAACAAUCAAAUGAUUAUCUAUUUUAGAAUUAUAAAUUAUUGGAAAAGCUUUUCACAUUCCGGAGGAAGUUGGGUUGGUACAAAUUGGAGAUAAAAUGAGAGAACGCUGAUUAAGAUGUUUGAACAUGUGUAUCGAGGGUAGUAUUAGGAGAAGAUAAAGUUAAUAUGGAUAUAUUAGUAAGAAAUGAUAUAAUAUAUGUGAUUGGAGUGAGAAUAUGUUCUUCAGAUACAGCAGAAAUAAAAUAUAAAAUUCAUGUACUCGGUUUCAAAUAAUUGAUAAAAAUACUUUGCAGGAUUAGCUUUCAAUUGUUGAAUCGGCAUUGCAGCAUGUCUACAUCUCAUGGGACAUAAAUUGAUAAAAACCAGUCAUACAUCAAAUGAUGGAUAAAUGAUAUUAAUGGCGCCGCUAGCAACCACAAGUUGGUUAAGAAAAUGGGAUACAAUUGACAACUCAAUCAAAGUCAUGCAUACUCCUAAUUGUGACAAUCUAUCACAAUAGCCAUUAUUAGGCCAUUACGACCUCAUCUAUACAAAAUUUUCUGGUUGGGACACACAUUACACCUUUCGCUUAAGUCAGAUUUUUAAUCAGUCAAUCACGUAUACAAUUAAAUAGACCGUGACAUAAUAACCUUUAAUAGAUAAAGUGAUUGUCCUCAGGCCGGAGCCAGCAUGCCCAGUGGCACAUGCCCCUGGUCCCACCUCUUCUCUUUAUGCAUGCAUCAUUUUAUAAAUGGGUGAGUAUAUAAUAAUAUCUAACAACUUGUGUUUUUAAGUAAAUUGGUAAGCGUCCAUCCGUUGCAGUUAGUAUCAGAGCCAGAUUUAGUCCUUGAUCUAGUGUCACGCUAAGCUUCCAGGCUCGGAGGGCGUCGUGGUCUAAUCCUGGGUAGGCAGGGUGGCUCGACCACAACAAAUCGGGUUCGGGUGAAGGAAGGGAAUGUUAUAAGUGAGAUUUGUCUCAUAUCAAAUUUGGAUAGGGUUGAAGUAUGUAAUGGGUGGGGUAUGCAACCUUUUAGGUAAAUGGGCAAGACACCUAGAUAGAAGGAAGACAAAUGAAUGGCCCGACCACAACAAAGCGGGUUUGGGUGAGGGAACGUUAUAAGUGGGACUUGUCCCAAAUCAAAUUUAGAUAGGGGUUGAAGUGUGUAAUGGGUGGGUAUACAACAUUUUGGGUAAAUGGGCAAGACACCUAGAUAGUAUAUAGUAGAAAGACAAGUGAAUAGCCAUAUUUAAGACAAAACAAGAACCAAAUAAUUUACAACUUGAUUUGGGUGGGGUUGAGCCAAGGCAGUAGUGCAGUGCCGAGGCGACACUCAAGGCCCCAGUAGCAAGCAACUGUGAUGGGCUCUUUCCCUAAAAAAAUAAAUUUAAUAUCUGUGAUGGGCCCUUAUCCUAAAAAAAUCAAGGGUUAAUUUCACUAACACCCCCUCAGGUUUGGCUAAAUAUCACCUUCAAAUAUCUUUCGAAAAUAACUAUCACUCGCAUCACAAACUUUUCCCCAACCUUUAGUUAAACAAUUUUGACACGAUGUAAAAUGACUUAAUCACCUUUUGAAUUUGUCGGACGAACCAUUUAGCUUAAAGAAUUAGAUUAAAAGACUAAAAUACCCCUAAAAAGUUGUAAAUUUACAAAUUAUAUAUAUACAUACAUAUAUAUAUAUACACACAUUACACAGAGACACACACACACACAUAUAUAUAUAUAUAUAUAUAUAUAUAUAUAUAUACAUACAGACAAAGACAAUCUGCUUCGACACUCUGCGGGAAGAUAUGUUCAUUCUCUUUCUCCUCUCUCUUUUUGCAUGAAUCGAUCUUCCUUUUUUUUUUCUUUUCUUUUUUUUUUUGUCACUAGCUGCUCUGUCACCCUUUUCCACUUGAAACUGAUGUGGGACUUCGAGCACAGCUAGAAGGUUUAUUUCAAUAGAUAUGCUUUUUGAAAACCAAUAUAAUGAAACUUCCCUCUGGGAGAUAUAUACACCCCCUCAAAAGUUACGAGAGAUUCAGAAGACUCAUUAUUACCUUCAUAAGCACUGAAUAAAU